GCUUAUUAGUCGGAGGGAAGGAAGCAGUGGAGACGAGACUAUAGCGUUAGGCAUUCGUUCUGAGGGAGACAUGGAUCUGUCGUGGCUGCAGCUUCCUCCUUCACUUGCAGGCCGGGGACGCCGGUCGUUCUUCCUCGUCGGCGUCGUGUCGGGCAUCACGCUUUCGCUCGGAAGCCUCGCGACUGCGCUGCUCCUCGCCAAUGUCCGUGCGCGACGACGACGCCGGCGGCGGCUGGCUCGCUUUGCGGGUCGGACCAGCACCAGUGGACGAAGCGAUCGGAGCGACGAGCUGGACAGCGGACGGCGGCGCCGGAGAGCGGGCGGCAUCAUCGACAUCCGUGCGGGCCAGGUCGUGCGCGGCGUCGACGGCCUCAUUGGCAACACGCCGCUGAUGCGGAUCGAGAGCCUGAGCGAGCUGACCGGCUGCGAGAUCCUGGCCAAGGCCGAGUUCCUCAACCCGGGAGGAAGCCCAAAGGACCGUGUCGCCAAGCAGAUUCUGGACGAUGCCGAGGAUGAGGGGCUGCUGCAUCCCAAUACCGGCAGCUGCAUCUUUGAGGGGACAGUCGGAUCGACGGGGAUAUCGCUGGCAACUCUCUCGAGAGCAAGAGGGUAUCGGUGCUCCAUUGUCAUUCCCGACGAUGUAGCUCGCGAAAAGGCAGAGCUUCUGAGAAAGCUCGGCGCCGAGAUCGACGCCGUCCGUCCUCGGGGCAUCGUCGAUCCGAGACAUUUCGUCAAUGAGGCGCGAGCUCGCGCGGAGGCCUUCGGAACCACUGAGCUUGUCGGCCCGCAUCCUCAUACCGACGAGCAAUCAGCGUCAGGCGAAAUCUUUGACGGUGGAGAGAAGCGAAGCGACCUCGUCGUCACCACAAAUGCGCAUGCUCACCGCUCAGGGUCUGAGACGACGCAUGCAGACGAUGCAGACGAUCUCGAGACGAAGCCGCGGGGCUUCUUUGCCGACCAGUUUGAGAACGUUUCCAACUUUUACGCCCACUACCAUGGGACAGGUCCCGAGAUUUGGAGGCAAACCGGUGGGAUGCUCGACGCCUUUGUCGCGGGUGCCGGCACGGGAGGCACGCUUUCUGGCGUGGCCGUCUACCUCCAGCAACAAGUCGCCGAGGCCAACGCUAGCGACUCGGGGUCUGACGACGGUGACUCCGACUCCGAUUCAGGCAUCUUCACCUCGUGGCUCCGCUUUGGCAACCGGAGGUCUGCGCAGCGAAGGUGGGCCCCGUCCGAAGACGAGGUCAAACCCUGGGAAGAGGAAAAGAAGGAGUCGGGAGGGCUGGAAUGGCCCGGUCAGCGCGAAGCGGAGCGGCGCAUUGAGAUCGUGCUGGCAGACCCCCAGGGCUCGGGUCUCUUCAACAAGGUCAAGUACGGCGUCAUGUUCAACCAGACAGAGGCCGAGGGCAAGCGCCGAAGACACCAGGUAGACACGGUCGUGGAGGGCAUCGGGCUCAACAGGCUCACAAAAAACUUUGAGAUGGGCCUCGACUACUUCGACUCGGCAGAGAGGGUCACAGACGAUGAGGCACUUCGCAUGUCGAGGCAUUUGGUUCUGAGAGACGGCCUCUUUCUCGGCUCUUCGUCGGCCGUCAACUGCGUCGCAGCGGUGCGGACGGCGCUGAGACUCAAGCAGCAAACAAGAAAGGGCGGGGAGCCGCCGGUGGUUGUGACGAUCUUGUGCGACUCAGGGACGAGGCACCUCUCCAAGUUCUGGGAUGACGAUGCGGUGCGGAAGCUUGGUCUGGACCCGGCAAAGAAUGAUAUAUCAGACAUCUUGGCUGCUCCUGCUCCUGCUGAUGCGCCACCUGCUUCCUCUUAGAGGCUUGGCCGUGAGCUUGGACCCGAGAUGUGAGCCUUCGAAAAGGAAUGUAUCACAAGCAACAUUAUGUAAUCUCAAUCUAUCUGAUAGCGUAGCAGACGCGCGAAACCCUUC